CACACUUGCAAGUGGUGAGCAGCUACAGGUCUCAAUCCAAGGACUAUACCAUGCCUGGCUGAGAAGAACAGCAGAAGUCUCUGAUAACUCUGCCAAACUCUACACUUGGGAAGUAAUAUGACAACUGCUUGUCCAGAAACAGUGCAGAACAGCACUCUAAAGAAUUCAAUUCACUUGUAGAAGAUGGACUGGAGAUAAGUACGAUACAAGUACGGCAUGGAGCAAGAUUUUUAUAAACCAUCAAAUUCAACAAGAGCUUUAUUCUGACCAUAUGAAAAUGACUUUGCUUCAGACUCUGUAGCUGAUCAGCAUGUAAGCAUCACUGCAUUGUUUAAUGGAUUAGUAACUUCUCUAGUGCCUGCAAAAUUCCCUUGGAAAUGGAAGCUGAUAUUCCAUCCCUGUUCCUUCUGCUUGUGAUAACUGGUCUGUGCUUGUGCAAUGGCUACAUAUCUGAAGAAACCUUACAAACUGCACAGGUGUUUUUGGAAAAAUAUGGCUACCUUGAAGAAACAACAAAACAACAUAGUGGAAAACAGCUUGCAUCAGCAGUCAGAGAGUUUCAAUGGCUGUCCCACCUGUCAGUCAGUGGAGAGCUGGACACCUCUACAGUACAACAGAUGAUCCAGCCUCGAUGUGGCGUGAAGGAUAUUGAAUCACUAAAACUGGUAAAAAGUCACCAUCGCGGUCGACAACGCAAGAAACGUUAUAUAUCCAAAAGUAAGAAAUGGUACAAACAACAUUUAACUUAUCAGAUUGUCAACUGGCCCUGGUACCUAUCCCAGCAUCAGGUCAGGCAGGCGGUUAAAGCAGCGUUCCAGUUGUGGAGCAACGUUUCCUCUCUGACAUUCUCGGAGGCUCUGAGAGACCCUGCAGACAUCCGUUUAGCAUUCUUUGAUGGGGAUCACAAUGAUGGGGCUGGAAAUGCUUUUGAUGGACCAGGUGGUGCCCUGGCACAUGCUUUUUUCCCCAGAAGGGGAGAGGCUCAUUUUGACAGUGCCGAGCACUGGUCAUUGAAUGGUAAGGGCAGAAACCUGUUUGUUGUACUGGCACAUGAGAUCGGACAUACUUUGGGGCUUCCGCACUCCUCCUUCAAAAAUGCUCUGAUGUCCCCUUACUACAAGAAACUGAAUAAAGACUAUGUACUGAACUUCGAUGAUGUCCUGGCCAUCCAAAAUUUGUACGGAGCUCCCCCUAGUGGAAAUCUGGUGCAACUCCCUGGAAAACAAUUUGCCUUUUUUCAGGAUUGGAGUCCAGAACCACAUGAAGAUUCUGGAAUGAAACCUUCCUACUGCCACUCUAUCUUCGAUGCCAUCACGUGGGAUUUGAAAAAAACAUUAUACAUCUUUAAAGGCCGUCACUUUUGGAUGGUCUCAUUGGAUGGUAAAAUCUCACCACCCCAAACUCUUCAGAAGCGCUGGAAGAAACUCCCUUCUUACAUUGAAGCUGCAGUGGUAUCAGGUUUAGAUGGAAAAUUCUACUUCUUUAAAGGUGGAAGGUGUUGGAGGUACAAAGAUUCCAUAUUAGAAGAAGGCUUUCCUCAAAAAUGUAGCAUGAAUGGUUUGCCUCGUCGUCCUGACACUGCACUGUACUUUCAGCCUCUUGGUCACUUGGUCAUCUUCAAGGGCUCUAAAUAUUAUGUGGUGAAUGAAGAGUCUCUAACAGUGGAACCUUACUACCCACGCAGCUUGCAUGACUGGAAAGGUGUGCCUGCCAACAGUCAAAGUGUUCUGACCCAUCCUGAUGGAGCCAUCUACUUUUUCAAAGGUCACCAAUACUGGAUAUUUGACCAAAAGAAGCUGAAAGUAACUACUUCUGGGAAGUGGGCUGAAGAUUUGUCUUGGAUUGGUUGUAAAAAUGAUGUGACUUGAUUUUUCUUCAGUGUUAAAAUCACUUCACUUGUACUACAUAAUCUUGUAUAUAAGACCUACCAAGGAAUAAAACGUAGGACAACUUCAAAGGA